AUGCGACAGUCGGCCUCGGGCGCGGACUGGCGCGCGAUGCGAACGGCCGUCGCCGUCGCCUCCGCCGCGAGACCGGACCUCGCGUCUCGGGGGCGAGGAUGCGGGAAUCGGCUUCGGCGCAAUACCCGUCACGAAAAUAAUAGGAACAGAGAGUGCACCUCAAAGGCGCGACACGACGCGGUCGGUGCGAGCGAGACGCGGAUAAACACCAGACUGUUUACUUACGGUGUACGCGCGGGGCUAGCCUCCUAG